AUGAGUUUCAAUAAUAGUGGGAGUGAGGAAGAUAUGAAUCUAUCACAUGAAAGAUCGUAUGGGGACAUGAGUAGUCAUGGUGGUACCACUCCUAGAUCUGCACUUCUACCCACGCUAGUGCCACAACCCAUGGAAUCGAGUUUUGGAAAUGCUUUGAGGAGGCAUUCAGUUAAUUCUGAAUCUGUCCCUAGAAUACAACCGAAUCAUAUAAGUCCAUCUCCGCAAGCCGAUCAUUCUAUACAUUCUAAUUUACAUACACCGCUUCAUAUUUCACCUAAUCGAAAUACUAAUAUUAAUGUCAUACAUGGAACUUCGAGACCUGAAGAUCAAAAUAAUUUAACUUUAUUUUUAAUUGAUCAAUUAAAACAACUUCAAGAACAAAAUAAAAUGCUUGUGGAUAAAAUUACUACUCUAGAGAAGACUCAAUCUGAGUUUGCCACAUCUAGAUUAACUGCACUUCGGAGUGGAUUUGAUGAUAUAAUAGAGUAUAGAAAAGAGGUGAAAAUAAUGAAAAAUACAUUUGACGAAGUGUUAAAAAUUCUUACUGGUAAUAGAUUAAAAAUUAUAGAUAGUGAUAAUGAUACCAAUACUAGUUAUUAUCAUUCCAGUACCCAGAACCCUAUGAAUAUUGAUAUAAUUAGCAAUGAUCGUAAUAAUAAUAAUAAUAAUAAUAAUAAUAAUAGUAAUAAUAGUAAUAAUAAUAAUAAUAGUAAUAAUAAUAAUAGUAAUAGUAAUAAUAAUAAUAGUAAUAGUAAUAGUAAUAAUAGUGAUAAUAACACUACCAAUAAUAAUAACAUUGCCAAUAAUAGCCAUAUAGAUACCAAUAAUAAUAUUACCAAUAAUAGCCUUAUAGAUACCAAUAAUAAUUUAAAUACUAUCCCAACUGAUGGACGUCGAAAUGUUCAUAUUCCAAGCAGUAUAGGGAAUUAUAUUAAAGAAGAAGAACCAUCUGAUUUAGAAUUGAUUCACAGAGCCGUCAGGCAUAACAUGACGGCACGUAAUGUUAAUCCUCAAUCAAAUAAUAAUAUUAGAACAAAUGCAUAUGGUCACACACAUAAUAUUGAGAAUAAUACUAAUAACAAUAAUACUAAUAAUAAUAUUAAUAAUAAUAGCAAUAACAAUAAUUCUAUAAUGCCUUCUAAUGGUACUAUCACUGCACCUUUCUCCAUGCCAUCUUCUUCCACUCAUCAAGAUAAUGAAAGAACAUCUGAUCUUGAUGAAGAUGAUGAAAUGGUUGAUGAGCCCGAAGAUGAAGGUAUUGGUGAAUAUGGAUCUAAUACCAACCACCAACAACCCCCAAUUGAAUUGCCUGAUGUGAUGGUGAAUAAGCCAUAUGUACUAAGUCGAAACAUUUAUACUGUUCAUGCUGUUGCUACUGAAUAUUAUGAUGGGUUACCAAACAAGCCAUCAGUGCAGUGUCUUGAUAGGAAAUAUGGACCUAAAUGGCGUAAUGAACCCAAAGAUCGUACAUUGUUUGCCAAGAGGAUGUGUAUAAUUAAUCGUAUUGAGAAUUUAAUGGAAGAUCCAGAAAAGUAUGGAUUAACAGCACCUAUAUUUAGACGUGAUGCUGUUAAGAUAGUGGAGAAUAUAAGAUUGGGUAAUAAUUCAUUCAAAGGGCUAUCGUGUCGUCUAUCGUUAUCACAAUUAUAUUUAUAUUUAUCUAAACGUUGGGACUGUAAGAAUGAUUAUAGUUUAAUAUUGAAGAAUCAAGGUAUACCAUGGCGUGUUCAUUCCAUGAGACAACGGGUUCGUGAUAUUCCAAUAAGAGGAAGUCAAGAUGAACCUAUUCGAGUGACUACUGUAGAAAAUUCACCCUCUUCCACAGGAGACUCGUCUACCACUUGA